UGCUGGAUACGGGAGAACCUGGAGCGCAGGUGCGGUUCCAGCGUCUUCCCCCGCCCUGGGCCAGGACCCGUUGCUAUUAAAGGCCCUGGGCAGGAGGCAGGAGGCAGCUGCAGCAGCACCUCCGGGCAGCACACGCAGCCAUGGCGACCCAUGUGCAGCUCAACACCGCGGCCAAGAUGCCUCUCCUGGGGCUGGGCACCUGGAAGUCCGUACCAGGUGAGGUAAAAGCUGCAGUGAUGGCUGCUAUUGAUGCUGGGUACCGCCACUUCGACUGUGCCUAUGUUUAUGAAAAUGAGAGCGAAAUCGGGGAAGCGAUUCAGCAGAAAAUAAAGGAAGGUGCUGUGAAACGAGAAGACUUAUUUGUCGUCAGUAAGCUGUGGUGCACAUUUUUUGAAAAACCUCUGGUGAAGGGAGCCUGCCAGAAGACUCUUGCCGACCUGAAACUGGAUUACCUGGAUCUCUACCUCAUGCACUGGCCUCUCGGCUUAAAGGCAGGAAAGGAGCUGUUUCCCAAAGAUGACAAUGGCAUGUGUAUACCCAGCAAAUCUGAUGUUCUAGAGACAUGGGAGGCCAUGGAAGAGCUGGUGGAUGCUGGUCUAGUAAAAGCCAUUGGGGUCUCCAACUUUAACCAUGAGCAGAUUGAACGAAUCUUGAAUAAACCAGGACUGAAAUACAAGCCUGCAAACCUCCAGAUCGAAUGCCAUCCAUACCUGACCCAGGAGAAGCUGAUCAAUUAUUGCCAAUCCAAAGGGAUCGCUGUGACUGCAUACAGUCCCCUUGGCUCUCCUGACAGGCCAUGGGCUAAACCAGAGGAUCCUUCCCUUCUGGAUGACCCCAAGAUAAAAGAGAUUGCAGCCAAGCACAACAAAACGCCAGCACAGGUUCUCCUUCGAUUCCAGGUUCAGAGAAAUGUGGCUGUGAUUCCGAAGUCCGUCACCCCCAAGCGCAUUGUGGAGAACUUCAAGGUAUUUGACUUUGAAUUGACUAAAGAAGAGAUGGCAACUGUUCUCAGUUUUAACAGGAACUGGAGGGUCUGUGGGAUGACACUGGCCAAAACUCACAAGGAGUACCCUUUCAAUGCAGAAUACUGAAGAUGUUUGUAACAUGGCCUUCACUAGACCUCUGGUGUCCCCUCCAACUCUGAGCUAUGUAUCCAGCUUUCUUACUGCAUCUGCCCUGCUUCCACCACUGAAGGCAAAGGAUACUUAUUCCAUCGAUUUUAUUUUUGGAAGAAGGAAAGAGUAGUGUUCUACAGAAAAAAAAUGUGGGAUGUAAUAAUUUCUGCUUAUCAGAAGAGAUGAUUAUUACUGAAAUGACUGGGCAGAACUGCUAAGGAGGAGAUGAGGAGCUUGAACCACCAUUCACUGAGUGCCUUCAGCCUUGCACCAGCACAGACCAGAGGCUGAGAAACCACAAGAAAAAGCACGCAUCCAGCAUUUCAUCAGAAGUGUCCCAUGUUUUAAAUAAAAAUAAAAUGUGAAAACAUUAUUGGCUGAAAGACUUGUUAAGGAAAAAAAAAUAUUUUUGACACCAAAUAAACCAUGUAUUAAAUAAACCA